AUGUCAGGCAUCUGCAGAAACCGACUUGCAGAGGAGCGCAAGCAAUGGCGCAAAGAUCAUCCUUUUGGCUUCUACGCUCGCCCAGCAAAAGCUGCUGAUGGCUCGCUCGAUCUCAUGAACUGGGAAGUAGGCAUUCCAGGCAAGGCCAACACACCAUGGGAAGGUGGCAUCUACAAACUCAAGAUGAUCUUCCCCGAGGAAUACCCGAGCAAACCUCCCAAGUGCAAGUUCACCCCUCCGCUCUUCCACCCCAAUGUAUUUCCAUCGGGCACCGUCUGCCUCAGCAUUCUCGACGAAGAUAAGGGCUGGAAGCCGGCCAUCACCAUCAAGCAGAUCCUGCUCGGUAUCCAGGACCUGCUCAACGAUCCGAAUCCGCACGAUCCUGCACAGAGCGAGGCAUUUACCAUGUUUCAAAAGGAUGCCACCGCUUACGAGAGGCGCGUCCGACAGCAGGCGCGCGAGAUGGCUGCGGCCGUGUAA